UCAUUGGCCAUAGUAAUUUCGUUUGGGUAUAGGCUUAUCCCUUCUCCGCCUGUAUUUUACUGAAAUCUAAUAAUGCUCCUCAACUACUGAAAAAGAAAGGAAAGAUCUAUCUAUGCGUUGGGUUCUUCCAAUAGCCAAAUUAAGCAUCAACUUAUCUUCUACUUCCCUAUCCCACAAAAGAGGGGAAAAAAACCCCUUUCCAUUUUACCAAUUUUCACAUGUUUUGUAGUCUCUGAUUGUGUCUAUAUUUGUGUAUGCUUUGAAAAGGAGGACUGACUGGCAGAUGCGGAGAACAGAAGAAGAGGGAGUUUAAAAAGAAAGAGAAAAGAAACGGCUAAGCUUGAGUUGUGUUGCAGAAAUGAUGAUUCAAAGAUUGGAGAUGUGCAUACAAUUUAUAAGACUGGCGUUGGAAUUUGUUAUCAUUGUAGCUGAAGCAGUUGGAUUUGUGAUUGAGCAGAAUACUUCUCAUCAACUUUCAAGCCAACAUUUUCCUGCUCCUGCUCCAUUUGUUGGUAUUCUUCCAUGAAAAUGGCUCUCCAUCUCUGCAGGUUUCUUCAAGAAAUGGUUUCUUCAAGAAAUGGCAAUUUCUGUUCCAGGUUGAUUUCUUCUUCUCCUUUUGCCUUUAUGGGGUUUUAGGAAGCCUCAAAUCACCUGCCAAACCACCCCUUUUCUGCUCUGUUCAUCUUGUUGGUCUUUUUCCAUGAAAAUGGCUCUCCAUCUCUGCAGGUUUCUUCAAGAAAUGGGAAUUUCUGUUCCAGGUUGAUUUCUUCUUCCCUUUUUGUCUUUUUGGGGUUUUGGGAGUCUCACAUCACCUGCCAAACCACCCUUUUUCUGCUCUGUUCAUCUUGUUAAUUGGUCUUUUUCCAUGAAAAUCAUUCUCUAUUUCUGCAGGUUCCUUCAAGAAAUGGCAUAUUA